CGUAGUUACAAAUUGUGUUGAAGAGGAACAACUGCACAGCGCUGCGUUUCCAACCGGACGACUUUAGCUGGAGAACCAGGUCAGAGCAAACCCAACAUCUAUGAAACACACUACACCGCACGUUAAGUCAUGAAGGAGGUUUUUAGGAAGAUACACAGCAUCUUUUUAAAGAUCGCCCUGUUUCCGAGCACAUUUGGCAGGACAGGCCUGCGGCCAGCUGCCUCAGAGGUGUUGACCUGCCACCUGCUGCAGCGUAAACUCCCGCCGUGGACUUCAUACUGUGUCCGCUACAGCUCCGUUCACAAUGACCAGUUCGGACUGUCCAACUUUAAUUGGAGAGUCCAGGGAUCCAACUACCAAAUACUGAGAACAGGCUGCUUCCCCUUUAUAAAAUAUCACUGUACCAAAACGCCUUCACAAAACCUGGACUUUGAGGACACAUUUUUCACCAUGUUGAAAGUUCUUAAUCUGGGCAUCCCUUGUUUGGCCUAUGGCAUUGGUUGCUGGAUGGUGGUAGGAGCUGCAGAAACAGUGCAGACAAGUGUUGGACCUGUCACAGUCUAUUUCGCUUACAAAGAAGAAGAAGGCGCACAGUAUUAGUAUCCAACCAUGAACAAAACACUAUUUUGAAUGUGUUUGCAAGAGGCUUGUCUGCCAACUGUUGUAGCCUAUUUUAAACAGCUCCCCAGGUGAUGUUGUAGUGGACCUAUUGACAGAAGUGCAAUAUUGUGUAAUUCCUGCUUCUAUUGUCUGACUGCACAGGUUCAUUCGUGUUUAAUUAUUUAAGAUUUAAAAGUUGCAGUGAAGGAGUCAGUGAUGCAUUUUAUUACACUGACACACAAUAUGGACAGCGUUUGUUGAGAAAGCUAACUUUCCAUUAAAAAAUUAAUGAAAAGUUUAGGAUUUCUCUGAGAAUAGACCCUACGCCUUUUCCUGGAUGUUUUCACAGUGAUGUUUGUGAAUGUUAUAGGCCUACCAACCUCCAGUGCAUGUCUUCAGAGUCAAUACAUUGUAAAAAUAUAUUAUUGCAACAAA